AUGUCUAUGCAUUUGCUGCCAAAAGAACUACGCCUUCAGAUAUGGGCGCUAGCGUACUACAACGAGCCGCCUCGCUUGGUAGCACUGGAGACUAAACCGCACGACGAGGAUCAUGACGAAACACACUUUUGCCCGCGAUACUCCCCUAGUCCUGCCCCAGUGACGGUAAAUCUAUGUCAUGAGUCGCGCGAAGAAGCUCGGUACCAGGCUAUGAAAGCAAACCAUAUCCUGCAGGUACCGUGCAGUAAUUCGGAUACUGGUUGUGGCGAAUUCUACUUCCGCAUCGAUACCGACAUCCUCUUGCUACAGCUAGAAGGGAGGCGUAUUAAGCAUUACGACGACUCGCCCGAAGUAGGACUACUGGCUCACUUCAGCCAUGCAACGGGCUGCAAUCCCCAAGAGCUGCAGAAGGUCGCUGUUACAAAAGUUAUACUGAACGGAUUCAGAGACGGCAGCCUAUCAAACGUCCUACGCGACUUUCCCAAGAUAUCGCACAUGGUCAUGAUGCUCACCAACGAGAUAUUAGAGGACGAUUUGGAGAAAGAGUUGUUUGUUCGCGCUGCUUCAAGGAUAGUUCGCAUGUACAAACUCGACUUGAUGAACCUAGCUACUAGUCAAGGGAAGACGUUUAAGCCACACCCCUUCAACGUGGAUUUUGCAAGGCUUCACCAUGGUCGGUUGGAUAUAGUAUCGAAAGAUGUUUGGCGUGACUGGAGCGAUGGCGGAGAAGAGUGGGCAACGCUCGAUAACUCUGAACCAUUCUGGUAG